AUGCUUGUCAAGAGCGUCCUCGCCAGUCUUUCGGCCGCCGCCAUGGCCAUGGCCGCCACGCCUCUCGAGAGCGGCAACUGGGUAUCGGCCAGCCCCGGCUUCCAGCUCCAGACCUGCGCCGGAGGCAGCGCCAGCGGCAGCACCUUUAGCAUCCCCACGAGCCCCAACGGCAGCACCAGCGGCUCGGGCUGCUCCAACGGCCAUCUGCGGGCCGAGAACCGCUACACCGACGACUACUCCUCCGGCGUCCACCAGUUCGCCGGCACCUUCAAGAUCAACUCGUUUGGCGGCAACAAGGUCGCCAUCAAGCAGACCUUCAACGGCAGCACCGGCCCCUACUUCAUCCUGGGAGUCAAGAGCGACGGCACGCUCUACAGCGUCGAGGGCGGCGCGACUCUGGCUUCCGGCGUUGCCACGGUCGGCUCGAGCGUCACCAUCAACACCGUCCACAACGCCGACAUUCACAGCUUCAGGGUCUACGUCAACGGCGCGCUGGCUUUCCGUGACGACAAUGCUCCCUCCGGAAGCUUCUACGACAAGAUUGGCGCUUACACCACCGACAGCGGCACUGGCCCUAUGAGCAUCACCUGGUCUGAUGUUGCCUUCUGGACUCGCCAGUAA